AUGUCGGAAAGGUCUCCAAAAAGGCGUCGAGUGGAUUCCCUAGAUCAAUACAAUGGAGCUAAAACAACAAUUUUAUCGUUACCAGAUGAAUGUUUGAGAGAAGUAACUAAGAAUUUGACUCAAAAAGAUACUUUAUCGUUAUUAUACUCACAUUCACAUUUCCAAAAUGCUUGUAAGGCAAGAUUAUACAAAAGAAUCAUCAUUACUGAAGGAACACAUAGUACUUAUGCUACUCAAUUAGCCAAUAACAACAAAUUAACUUUAUUAGAUGGAUGGGGAGCCAUCAAUAGGUUUUUUAACAAGAUUUACACCAGUCAACGUCUAUUAAUUGAACCAGAAGGGGCAAAAUUCGUUGAGGAAAUCAUCACAAUGGAUAGUCUCUAUAGUCCAGGUGCUUUAAAUGAUGAAUCUAAAUCUUCAGACUUGAAAAGUAAAAUUGAAACUCUGAAAAAUCAUUGGCCAAUAGUUAUGAAUAGUUUUGUUCGUUUGAAGUAUAUUCACGGUUAUAAGCUCUCUUUUGAAAAACUUGUACAAUUGAACAGUAAUAUAACUUCAAAUUUAAGGGAACUCUCAAUUGGGAUGAAUGAAGAACUACUCUUGGGAUCAUCUCAAAAUUAUGAUAUACAAUUACCAAAGUUGAAAGUUUUGAAGCUCAAUUUUCUUAGAGAAGUAACAAAACAAGAUGCAAGACCUUUCAGAAUUGAGUAUUGCACAACUUUGGCUAAAAUGCUCACUAUCAAUGGAUCAGCUGAUAAUUCAACUCUAGAAAGAUUAGAAAUUAAUGCGUAUUUAACCGGAUUUGAGAAUGGUAAUUCAAGGGCAACACAUUUUUUGGCACCUUAUUGUUCCAACGGGUUGGAUGUUGAAAGUGAUUAUCCAGAAGAGGAUGUUGACUCAGAUAUUGGUCUUGAAAUGGAUGGUGAAAAGGAUUUAGAUGAUGAUGUUUUCAAUAAGACUUCGAAACAAUUUGAAGUUCAUUAUUUAACAGGGGUAUCAAAGGCCCUCAAUGAGUAUAAGAAACAACCAAGGAAAAAUAGAAAAUUUUCAAGAAGAAAAGCGAAUUCUGAAGAUUAUGAAAAGUUCUUGGGUAAUGUGAGAUUUAAGUAUUCUGAUAAUAGCUUUCCAUUUCCCCCAAAUGAAAUUUUGAGUCUUUUGCUACAAGGUUUAGCUGACAAUAAUAUAAGAUUGUUGAAUGUUAAAUCAUUUGGAGUUGCAAAUAUGAACUUUGAUAAAAGAAGUUUAUUCUUAGGAUCACCUUUAUUGAAAAAUUUGGAGAAAGUGCUUCCCAAUAUUAAUGAUCUUGAAACAUUGGAUUUCAGAAAUGUUACACACGAAGCAUACAUAGUUGAUCGAUACGGAAGUGUCAGCCCUGAAGAAGAAGAAGCAUUCAAAUAUGACCAUACCCCAUCUUUUCUCAUUCAUUUUAUCUAUGGGAAUAAAAAAAAAUUUGAAAAGUUGAAAAAACUGGUAUACUUUGUGACCCCAAAUGUUGAUGCCGGUGACCCUUACCGUAAUCACUGUCAUACCAAUCAUUACGCAAAACUAUAUGAACAACUAAAAGAGUUCACCGUCAAAUCUCCAAACUUAGAAGAGUUGGUCGUUUUUGGACCUGUAAGAACUCAAUUGAGACAUUUUUAUCGUUGUCUUUAUCAAUCAUCUGCAAAGAACACUUUGAUGAAACUAACAUAUCACCAAACAGAAUUGAUAUCCAAAUUAAGUUCCAAGAUUAUCAACGCAAGAAUUUUCAGAAAGUUCAUCAAACAUUCAAACCUGAAAGUGUUGGAAGAGUAUCACACUGGAUGCUCACAAAAACUUACGGAACAUUUCAACCUUACUACAAGAUUAGAAAAUUACGAUAAUAAUGAGUCAUUGAGAAUUCACACUGUAUGGGUUUACAUUUGA